GCAGCUGUAAAAGUCGUAUUAUAUCGUGAAUUCCCUUUUUGUGUACGAAGAUUGUCAGAGUGACCUGUUUGUGACGCUGGCAGUUCAAUACACUAAAUUGGACUGUAGCCUUGGCAAUCUGUAGAGCUGUCCUACGGUACUGCAUCUUGGCAUGGUACAAAACCUAAAGUCCUCCGCGAGCGACACUCAUCUUGUGAUGACUAUGAAACAUCAUGAGGCUACAACAUCAUUGAACGCAUCUUGCUAAUCUUCUCGCCCCUUGUCGUCUGUCCAAAGCUACCCACGAUUGAGAACAAAAAACUCAUGCCAUCUUCCAAGGAUGCUAUCACUGCCUGCAAUUUUACCACGCCACCAUUUGCUCUCCAGACCACUCGAAAUCGAUGCGCAUAAUGGAAUGCAGACACUUCCUGCCCCGCAAUCCUCGCGGAGGAUGACAACUUCACAUACAGCUCUCUCCACGCUUCAUGCUGAUGAGCAGAUCAUUCAGCUCAGGAAAUCCAGUGUGAGACGAUACGGCGCAAACUGGCUUCGGCCACCAGGCAUCACGAAAACUCUUCAAUCCAAGCUAGAAGAGGCACAAGAGCGGCUGGAACAAAUUGAGAUACAGCGCAGGGAUGCGGAGUUGCGCGCACAAGAGGAGGCUGCUCGACUGGCCACCCUGGGCGAGCCUGGUGCAAACCACGACGGACUUCUAGAUCAGGAAGAACAAGACCUGGAUGCCGAUGUGCCCGAUGCAGAGCAUACGGGUGCUCUAUCCGAUGAAGAUGCCGAAUUCACAGCAAGCGUCACCUUUGAUGCGCCAAGUUUAUUACACGAGUCGCCAAGUAACGACACGCAAGUUGUGCUCGGUAUGGAGGACGCGGAGCUUGAUGGUACGCUGCAAGACGCAAGGGAUCUAGAAGAUAUAGGAAUGGAAUGCGAUCUAGAUGAUGAUGUCCCUCUGGCUGGCAGCUAUGAGCACACUGAUACUGAACAGGAAGACGACAGUAGCAGUGAGUAGGAUGAAAAUAAAUUUACAUUCAGCAACGCGUUCUACCAACCCUAUCUCACAAAGCAACAGCAGUACCAGGGGAAGUUGAAUGAGUGAUGAGGGCGAGCCGCUUGCUUGUACUUCUUUCGUUCAGAGCUCACCUGACUUCUCAGGUAAUAUUACAGGCGUUGGUUUGCGGAACUCCACCAGGACCCCACAACGACGUUGAUUUCAUUGCUAUUGUAUUAUACAUAGUUCUACAUAUACGCAAUAAAAUGUUUGCGGAGAA